AGGGCGAGCACCACCUGGUGAUCAGGGGGGUGACUCUGGAGGAGGACGGCGAGUACCAGUGCCAGGUGGGGCCCACCGCCACCACCUUACCCAUCUGGGCGGCAGCCAACGUCACCGUCAUGGUGUCGCCUACGAGCAUCAGCAUGGUGGGCGUGGGGGACGGGGCGGUGGUGGAGGUGCGGGCCGGCCACGACCUCUCGCUGGAGUGUCUGGUGACGGACGCCAGGCCGCCCCCCACCCUCGCCUGGUACAGGGACGCCAUCACCCUCCACAAAGGUCUUCACCAGGAGAUGGUGGAAAGGUCGAGACUGCCUGGCAGGUGGACGGUGAGGAGCCGCCUCCUGGUGCAUCCUGAAGCUGAGGACGACGGUCAACAGUACUCCUGCCGCGCCCUGCACCCCGCCCUGGCCCGCUCCCCCACCUCCCUCGUCGCCUCCGUCAACCUGGCUGUCUUACACCCGCCCGGAGCCCCGGUGAUCACCGGUUAUACCUCGGGGGAGGCGCUGGUGGAGGGGGAGCAGCGUACACUGAUCUGCCAGGCUGUUGGUGGUAGGCCCCGGCCCUGGGUCACCUGGUACAGGCACGGCCGUCCACUCAAACCACCCUCAGCCACCCAUCACCACCACCUGGUGAUGGGUGACGACGUCACCACCACCACCAGCAGCAGCAGCAGCAGCAGCAGCAGCAGUAGCAGCAGCCAGGGGAGUGUGCGGCGCGGGGUGAGGGCCCAGCAGGUGGUGAGGGCGGUGAGAGAGGAAGAUGGCGCCAUGUAUGAAUGUAGAGUCACCAGUGAUCUCCUUCAGCGGCCCCUGGCUACCAAUGUCACUAUCGCCGUGCACUAUGCCCCGACCAGUGUGGUGGUGUACGGUCCAUCUGUGGUGGCGGCCGGACAGCUGUUCUCUCUCACCUGUCGUUCCUCACCGGCCAACCCUCCCUCCACCCUCACCUGGCACCUUCAAGGGUCGGUGUUGUCGCCGGCGGCGUCGGUGGUGAGCGAGGCGGAGGAGGGCGGGUACGUGACUUCGGCCCACCUCACCCACACCAUGCCCACCACCCACCAGGUGGUCCAGGCCGCCGCUGACUGCCAGGCUACCCACCCGGCCGCCCACCACCCCAUCACCUACACCCACCUCAUCACCGUCAUCAGGCGUCCCGGCUGGCCGGUAGUGGAGGUGGUGGGGGGUGGGGAGGUGGUGGCUGGCGGCCAGGUGACUGUCCUCUGUACUUCCCAGGGCGGCAACCCUCCCCCAGUACUCAGGCUGUACAAGGCAGGACAGCAGGUGACAGUGAGUGUGGAGGAGCGAGAGGACGGGGUGACGGAGGCGCGGGCCCACCUGCUGGUCACUCCCGCUGAUAAUGGUCAGCAGGUGAUGUGUCAGGUCACCAACCCGGCCACCAACACCCCCAUGACGGCCCACACCACCAUAAACCUUCUCUUUCCGGCGUGGGAGGUGUCGGGAUGGGUGACCCCGGCGGGUGUGGAGGCCGGGCAGGUGGCGACCCUCAUCUGUGAGGCCACCUCCAGCGUGCCUCCCUCCACCAUCACCUGGCACUCUGACGGCCCGCCCCUCCCACACCCCACCGUCACCCACUCCUCCGGCCUCUAUGGUGGCACCAUUACCAGGUCUUCGAUGCAGUUGCGGACCCAGGCAGAAGACAACGGAAGGAGUUUCAUCUGUGAAGCCAACAACGGCUUGGGAGUCACCUUAGUGGCCAACGUUACCCUCAGCGUCAUGCAUGGGCCGGUGUGGAUGUGGGCACCGUCAGUGACCCAGGACGUUACUGAGGGCGAGGACUUGGUCAUCACUGCCCUGGCUGCUGCCAACCCUGGACCUGUGAGGUACACGUGGUGGCGGGGACCAGCCGCUAUUGAGGGCGAGGAUGCAGACGGUGGUAGUGGGCAGUUAACCUUGCUGCGCGUUGAUCGUCACUUGUCUGGGGAUUACACUGUGGUCGCCAGCACUUCACUUUCGGCAAUAAACUCCUCUUUCUUCAUCAAUGUACAGUAUGGUCCCGAGGAGGUGGUUGCGGCGGAGCGAGUGAUGGUUGAUGAAGAUGGCGCUGCCACUGUGCUCUGCUCAGCUGCUGGUAACCCCACUCCUAAUGUUUCCUGGACCAGGGAUCCUCACAUUACCGGCUCGAUGGUACUGUUGUCUACAGGCCUGGGCGAGGCUCGCUUAGUAGUUGAGUGGGCUACGCGGACAGACACCGGCAUCUACCUCUGUCAUGCUACCAAUGUUGUCUCCUCGUAUCCUCCCAUCCCCACGGCCAUUGUUGUUACUCAGGAGCCUACUUCAGCCUCUACGAAUAUAGAAGAGGAAGAAAUAGGCAGGUCAUGGGCUCAUAUUGGAGAGAGUGCAUGGCUGGACUGCCGAGUUAAGGCCGCACCAGCACCAACUUUCAGAUGGGCCACUAAUAGGAAGGGUUUGAUUUCUAACAGCAACAAGUAUUUCAUUCAUGUCUCACAGCUGGUUGACAAGGUGAUUGAGUGGUCAUCUGUGUUAGAAAUCAGGAGUGUGACUGUCCAUGAUUAUACUGACUACACCUGCACCGCCCAUAAUGCCCAAGGUUCAUACGCUCUCAAUUUCACCCUCGGCGCACCCAUCGUACCUAGUGUUCCAAUUAACUUGAAUAUUGUGACAAUGUCCACUAGUGUUGCUAUUGUGACAUGGAUGCAGAACCAUUCCGGAGCACAGCCUGUAGGUUAUACUGUGCGGUACCAUGCCAUCAAUACUCAGAACUAUGAAUUUGUGGAUAUCCCAACCAGUAACUCAACAUCUACAACCAUUAGGAAUUUAACACCUGGUGCAGAAUAUUCUUUUGCCAUUUUAGCCUACAAUGAGUAUGGUCACUCAAACUUCAGCUCUCCUCCAGUCAGGGUCACAAUGCUCGGGUUGGUGGAGGAAGCCGCAAGCAGCAGUAGCAGCAUGGACAGUCAACAGCCUCGGGUGCCUCUCCUUAUUCUGCUUCUCAUCUCUCUCACGGCAACUGCUCUCCUAGUCCUUAAUGUCGCAAUAAUUGUCUGCUUUGUCAGGAGGCGAGCCAUGAAAAGAAAUUUGUCAGCUUCUUCAAGCAAGACAACGGCCUUGGAGCUUUACACUCCAACCUCUGGAGCUGCUAGUAGUGGAGAUGAGCUCCCAUUAACUUCAUUUAAUGAUGUCCCUCCUCCAGAGUACCAGUCUAUUGAAUUGCAGACAAGAGAAGAGGAAUGCGAGCAGACCAGCCUUAUAAAUCCACUCAUUAAUGUGGAACCACCAGAGCCCCUCACCACACCACUAAUGGGUACAAGUCCCCAAUCUAGAAGUACAAGCCCCUUACUGAAUGGAGGGAUCAGUGUUCAGAAUGAUGCGUAUCAUCUUAAAAAUGAUAAGUCAUCUCCUAAGAUCUCUGUAUCUAAAUUGAUGCCUGGUAGUUCUCCAAAAUUAGAAAAUAAGAUGUCCAUGGAAUACACUACUACAGUUCAUUCAUUAAAUAACCCAGAUGUUUGCCCAGUGGCCACCAGUAGUUGUAAACCUUUACUAAAGGAACAAGAAGCUUUAAAUCCAUAUUCAGAAGAUGACGAUGCAUCUUUAUCGUCCCAUCACAGUAGCAGUUCAUACAGUUUUGUAUCAGGACAGACUCGCCCAAAAUUUUAUUCUCCUUGUCAUCGACCAUCUAGGCUGACAACUAAAGUUAUAUAUCAUGGUCAGCCACAUAUACAACAGCAGAUAGAGCAGCAACAGCUCCAGCACUAUCAACAAGACUACCCAUGUUGUCAACAAAUGUCAAAGGACAAGCAGAUGUCAACCUUGCAUCCAAACCUGAAUCCUUCUAGACUUUCAACUUCUGCAAGCUGUUGUGAUGCCACUUGCAGGCAAUCCCUCAUUACAGAUGUUCCAGGAGGAUAUGCCACACUACAACCACGUAGAAGUUGUCUGAAACCUUCACAGUACAACACACUACAGCGUUCCCAUUCAGACCAUAACUACACCUAUAAUAGCCUACAAUGUGUUUUUCCCCAUCCUACUAUGGAGCUCAAUCCAAAUAUAUGUUGCCAAAACAAUUUUUGUAGUAACCCUCAACUCUGUACACAAAAAGCUCAAGGAAGUCAUGGUGGGAUAUCACAAGAAUUUCCUAUUUAUUAUGCCAGGUCAAGACCUGUUAAUAGUGUGUGCUCCAGACAUAACAGUAUCAGUGAACAAAUUAGAUAUAGAAAUAUCCCAUCUCAUGAACCAAAGAAUUCUGUAGUACCACCUGACUUGUGUAAAAUAGAAUUUUCAAGUAUGAAAAGAGUAGGUUGGAAAGAAGUUGUUCCCGAUAGUCCUGGACGGGGAACGCUGGCUUCCCGAGGCUCAACCGACACUUCCACUUCAUCCACUACAUCUACUCUUACUCUGGGUCCAGCAAGAUUUCCUCAUCAUUUUGUCAGGCAGGAUAACUUAACAAAUAACAGUGAUCAAAAUUUAGGCAUGGAUAACCAGAGAUAAAAUAAUAUUGAUUAGUGAUAUUUAUUGUAUACUUUUUUCUCUCAAUAGUACACUGCAUUUUAAUCCAUUAUUAAAUAAAUUAAUCCUAAUUGGAAGAAAACAAAAUAAAAAUUCCUAUGCACGGAAAAUUGAAUGGGAAUAUUUCACUGCUUGUAUAAUAUAUUACUUUGUAUACUAAUGCAAUUAACCGACAAGGAUAAUGACUAAAACACUGUUUUCUCUUGUUUCCGUUUUUUUAUCCUCCUACAUUAUUAAAAUUAUAUUCUUCCUCCUGACUUCAUCUUCCAUAUACUAUGACGAAAUGUGGACAUUAGUCACUGUAUCAAGCAUUCAUCUCUAUUUUUAUAUGAAAAUCUUUGAACUUUAUCCUUUAUCAAUGACUGCACCCACUUUCCCAACAUAUUCUAGUAUCUCAUCAUAUUAAUCUUAUAAAACCUUUCAACUUUUUGCACCUGGUCAUAUUUCAUACUCGUGUUGCAUUCCUAUGUACUCUUAAUCAAGCCAGUUGUUGCAUCCAAUUUCACUUAAAAUAUUUGCAACUAUUUUUGCAUGAUAAUGGGGGAUCAUGCAAAAAAUUGCAAAACUUAUUCUGGUUGAAGGAAUAACACUGUGAAAGAAAUCAUUCUUUAAUUAAGCAGUGCAGUAUUUCCACUUGAUGUAAAAUGGUUUAAUGGAGAAAGUUAGAUACAAAAAUUGGCUAAGCAAAUUAUCACCCUUUUAUGGCUGUUUUGAUUAUAGUCUGAAGCCUCGCAUACUAAAGACUAAUGGCCUAAUAUGUCACAAAUUACCAGUUUACCAUUCAUGCAUGUAUUACCAUGCCUACUAUAUUUUUCUUCACUUUAUCCUCUAAUUGACCAACCUGUUGACUUAUUUUGUGUCAAAUGAUGUAAUAUAAUGAAAUAAAGUUAUAUUAAAUUUAAA